UGAUCACACGAGUGUCAGUCGGCAGACAUAAACCGAAGCAGACGCACCGUGUUAUAAAUUACAUGUAUAUAUAUUUUAGUUUUUUGUUAAGUGUUCAGUGAAAUGGGUGCUUUAGGCUGUAUUGGUAGAGCACCGACCGACAGCACUGAAGUAUUCUCAUCAAAUGUCAGUAACAUGAGCUCAACAGAUUCAAUAAACGAAACGAGAAGGGAUCUAGAAUCACAGAAGACAAAAGAUGAUGGAAAAGAUAACAGACUAUGGUGGAGACUCGGGGUUGAUGUACCAAUAUUCUUAAUAGCUGCCACCUUACUAACAAUGUUCGAGCUGGGCGUUCUUCUGCAGCACAAAAGCGGUUUCUUCUGCAACGAUCCAGCUCUGUCUUACAAAUUCACAGGAGACACAGUGUCCACAGAGGUCAUUGUCAGCACAAUCAUCCUACUGCCGUUUAUAGUAAUGUUCUUAACGGAGUACAUAUUGUUCGAUUCCGUCUACACCACCCAAACGAGAUUGCAAUACGUGUCAAGACGGACUGGCCGGUUGUAUGGGAGCUACGUGUAUGCUUUGUUCUUUAACCUGAUCGUGGUCGAAGUGAUGAAGGGCAUCACGGGGAAUCCCCGCCCAACAUUUUUUGACCUUUGCGAACCGGAUACGGGCAAAACCUGUAACGGGUCGGAGUACGUGGCCACAUUCGAGUGCACGUCCUCUCGUUCCACGUCCUGGCUCCAGCGCGACUCCUACCACAGUUUCCCCUCGGGACACACGUCUCUGUCUGUGCUGUGCGGAUUCUUUAUGGCGUGGUACCUCCAGCGCCGCGCGUUCUCGUGGCGCCGUCGCUCCGUGCUCGUGGUGCCCUUGCUGCAGGUGGCCUGCGUGUCCUACUCCGCGCUGUGCUCCCUCAGCCGGAUCACCGACCACCGCCACCACUGGUGGGACGUGCUGGUGGGAGCGGUGGUCGGAGUACUCACAUUUCUGUACGCGGUAUAUGCCCUCUGCAAUAAUUUCACAACGCCACAAAAGUCUCAGGGCGAUAUGACAGCUAGCCAGCACACGGUGCGGAGUUUGGUGUUCAGAGAAGAGAGGAGCGCGGCCCCAUGAACAAGCACAACCGCGGGAUACAGACACAACAAACAUUACGACUGAAGAACUUUACUAAAUAUGUUUAUAAUUUAUUUAUAUAAAACCUUCUUAAUUCAAACCGAUAGAUACCCUCACCACGAGUUCGCAAGUUUUUAUUAAACACAGACAGAUUUUAUUUUAUUUCUAUUCAUUAAUCUCCACAAAUGGUAAUAGCAAUUUAUUUGUGUGAAUAGAAAAAUAGAAGCUGUCUGUUUAGUUUUAAACUGCUCGCUGCAAAACAUCAAACGUGAAGACGAGAUUGGUAAAAUGUUAGCCUAAUCCAUAAGGUUACACGACACUGGCAGAAUAUACUGUGCACGUCUAUGCACGGGUGAAGGCCAUGUUUAAAAUAACCUACCAAUUUUAGAAUAACCAACCUUAAGGAGGUUUCAUGUUAAACUAACCUUCAAAAAGAAAAUAUACGCAUUCGAUAAAAUAAAUCUGAAUUGAUCUGAUCUGAAUUGACCGCGCUGUCAUCGUUUAGAGGUUUGCUUUGUAUCUACAAGAUUUCCCAAACAAAUUUAAUAAGCGGUCGUUUAUAAUUUUUAAUUUAAUCACAGCUACAAAGAAAUGCCAUGAUUAUUUUGACCCUCAAUGAAAUUUGGUUUAGAGCACAUCGAGCUUAACUUUCAUUGUAUAAACGUUACAAAACAACGGGACGAGAAAUAAACAACUGAUUGUAAUUUAUAAAUUACAAAACGAUCACAUUAACGACUGAAAACUUCUUAUUAUUAUUAUUUUUUAAAUAUUUUUUUUGUUAUACUGACAUUUAAAAUAAUUAUUAUUCUAUUAAUUAAGUAUAUACUUGGAAUUGAAGAAAAAAUGGCGGCAUUUUGAAAUGUCACCUGUCAAAUCUGAGCUGCGGUAUGGCCAGCUAUAAAAAUGUGUCUGGUAUAAUAUAAAUAUUGUUUUAAUUAUCUGCUCAAAUGUGACAUUAAUUAUUAAUAUAACGGAUAUAGAAAUCGUAAUUUAUAAUAUUUUGACGUGGAGUGACUGAUAAUUUGUAAUCUAGGUAAAACUUAGUCAUCUGAUAUUAUUUUUUUAUGAAACAUAUGAUGUUUUUAUAUGAUCUUUGUUGUAAAUAUAUCUUAUUUUAAA